CAGAACCACAGGUGGCUUGCAGGGACUGCAGGAGGAAGCUGUUUUGCUGACCUCCAAAGGGAGUGGAGAGAGACCCAGAAACAUCCACUUUAGGCAUCAGAAAUUGCCUCUUGAGCUACAUAACUUGCCCAAUUUUCAGUCCCUUUUGGGCUGAGUUCAAGAGUCCUUUUCUGACUUUCAGAAGGAUGAUGGUAGUAGAUUCAGUCUCUGAACACUUUGUGAACUACUGCAGGGUUGAAGAUAAGGACUUCACAGCUCAGCAGUGGCCAUGAGGAUCCUUUACCAGCUCCUGGCUGUCCUCUUCAUGGUGCUCCAAGGGGUGGCAGGUCAGCACUUCUUCCCUAGGCCAACCGACCCUUGUGUACUCCAAAAUGGACUCUGCUUCCCUGGGAUAUGUCGGCGGCCAUAUUACUGGGUUGGAACGUGCCAUAAUGGAGGUUCCUGCUGUGUGAAGGGGUGGAGGCACUGAUGACCACAUGGAUUCUCCUUGGAAAUCCUUUCUGCAUCUACCUAGUGGCCUCUCAGUCACACUGACCCCAUCACUCCUAGUGGCACCAGGUCUUGCUCCCACAACUUUCCUUUGCACUGAAGCAAAC